AUGUCCCUCUACUUUGAUGCGGUCGCAGUCUUGACCGCGCCGGCUUCUGGCGGCUCUUUCAAGUCGCGCAUCUACAGUGCCCGCAAUCUUCGCGCGGCCCCGGCCCAGAUCUAUGCCCUCAUCACUGAGGCCUCCAAAUGGGACACCGUCCUUGCCGAGGUCAUUGAAAAGGCCGAUAUUCUGAACCUGGAGCGCAAGCUCACCCCCCUCCUUGCUCUCCUUCUGGUCCAUGACCAUCUCCUCGCGAAAAAGGGUAUCGCGGCACCGGCCACCCAUUGGCUUCGCCAGGCUGUCGAGCGCCAUAAAGUACGGUUAAAGGCAGAAUUUACCAAGGCGCGCGUACGUCGUGGCUGUGGCUCGGUGGAACAGCUCAAGUCGGCGAUUCUGCGCCAGAAGCGGGAGGCUGAUGGCAGCUCCCAGUUCGUCUACCCACGUUGGGUGCGCGUGAAUAAUAUCCGCAGUACUCUGGAGGACCAGCUGCGUACGACUUUUGCAGACUACCAGCGAGUCGACUCGUUGAUGGCAUUGGCUCCCGACGACGAGGGAAAAAACAAGCAGAAGCUGCUGUACCUCGACCCGCACAUUCCAGAUCUCGUGGCUGUUCCUUACGGUGCUGAUUUUACCUCGUCCCCCGCGUACAAAAGCGGAGAGAUCAUCUUGCAGGACAAAGCGUCAUGCUUCCCUGCGUAUUUACUGCUAGGCGAUCGUGGCCCUGCUGAUCCCUGGCAAGGAGACCUCGUGGACGGAUGCGCCGCCCCGGGUAAUAAAACUACACAUAUGGCAUCGCUGGUUGCGAAGCAGAAGCAAAAGACACGGAAACGGAUAUUCUGUAUGGAUGCAUCUAAGUUGCGUUCUAAGACACUACAGAAGAUGGUGACUUUGGCCGGGGCGGAUCCUACCGUCACGGUCCUCCAGGGCCAGGAUUUUCUGGCGUUGGACCCCUUGGAUGAGCGGUUCCAGGAGGUUUCUGGCCUUUUGCUAGAUCCGAGUUGCUCAGGCAGUGGGAUCAUUGGCCGGGACGACUUUCCCCAGCUUACAUUGCCCCAGGCCAAUGUGCCCAAGGUCAAGCCGCAGGGCAAGAAACGCAAGCGUCAAGCCGACGAUCAGGAUGAUGCAGGCGAACAGUCGAAAGUAACGGUGGAAGCCCCGACUGCAUCCCCGUCGGACGAGAACGAUAUCCCCAGCGGAGCUUUGGAUGAUGACCGGCUCACGAAGUUGUCCAACCUUCAGGCACGCAUUGUAGAGCAUGCCUUGAGCUUCCCAGCGGCAACCCAUGUCACGUACAGCACCUGCUCUAUUCACCUCAUCGAGAACGAGGCAGUCGUGGCCCGAAUCCUGGCAUCAGAGGUCGCACAACGACGAGGUUGGCGUCUAUUGCGGCGUGACGAGCAACCGGAAGGAUUGCGCAAGUGGAAGCAUCGUGGUGUGCGACGGGAUCGGGAAAAUGGUGAAUCAGACGUGACCCCAGCCGAAGUCGAUCUGCCCGGUGACGCCCUCGAAGCCUGCCUGCGCUGCUGGACCGGCGAUGCAGAGGGACUGGGAGGUUUCUUCGUUGCGGGCUUUGUGCGCGACGCCCAGUCUGAGGACAAGACAAGCCCAAAGGUGAAAAGAUCGAACACGGUCCAUGAUGAAACGACAGAGAAAGACGAUGCAGAGGAGGACGAUGAUAAUGAUGAUGAUGAUGAUGAUGAUGAAUGGGAUGGCUUCUCUGAUUAA